AUGAAGAACAAGCAGCAGCAACAACCGGCACCAAAGAAGCAGAAGAAGCAGCAGCAGCAAACGCAGCGACAGGAACAACCGGAGCAGCAGCAGCAGCGACAGCGUACAUCACCUACACGCUACUAUCAGCAACAAUAUCAAGAACCGCAGCAGAAGCGAAGCCUGGACGAUAUCAUGCUGAGCUCGUACUACAUCUACAUGUCGGCCGGUACGCAGCUGCAGAUGGCACCACAGACAACAAUAGUACAACAAGUUGGCCAGGUCGACCAAGCCGCAUCGCACCAUCACCACACGUCGCAUCAUCACCAGCAGCAACAGCAACAGCAACAGCAAUCGCAUCAUCAUCAUCAGCCGCACUUUAGCAGCGGCAACAAUCAGCAGCACCAUCAGCAGCAGCAGCAGCAGCAAGUGACAACGGUGCUGAGCACGCACCAGCAGCAACAGCAAAGUUCUGCUGCCGCCGCGGCAGCAAUUGCUGUUGUCCUUUCCGGUUCUGGUAGCGGUGGUGGUGGUGGUGGUGGUGGUGGCGGCGGAGGAGGCAGUGGUGGCAGCGGCAACGGCAACGGCAGCAGUGGCGGCAGCGGUGGAAGUACUGUUAACAGUGUGGGCAGUGCAACGACAGGAGGAGGAGGAGGUAGUGGAGGUGGAGGAGGCGGAGGAGGAGGUGGAGGAGGGGGAGGAGGCAGUGGAGUUAAUAAUAAUAACGGUGGGACGGGCGGCGGCGGCGGCGGCGGCGUCAGUAGCAAAGGCUCCCUGGCGGAUACGGUACAGUCCACGCCGACCACGACAACGGCGACAGCGGGAGUGGCGGUAACGACAGCAACACCCGGUACCACGGCCGCCCUGCAUCCACCCAUCCCCGUCGGCAACCUCCAGCAGCAGCAGCAGCAUCACGCUCAUCACGCGCACCACCACCAUAACAACAACAAGGAUCAGGACUCGAACAUGAGCACCGGUUCGUCGCACAGUGAUAAGGAGCCGGAAGCGAUCAUGAGCAGUCCGGUGGCAACCGCGCUACCCGUCGUUACCACCCCGACGUCCGAGAAGGUAUCGCGAACAGCGUCCGAGCGCAAGCGAAAACGGAAGGCACCGGAUGAUAACGGUGGCCCGGGGGGCGGUGGAGGUGGUGGUGUUGGUGGUGGUGGUGGUACACUGGGAAGCGCAACGAGUGGUGGUCAUUUUCGUGAUAGUAGAGAUAAUAUUAAGGGUCUGCGGUUGUCGCUGCCGGCCCACAGUGAUAAUAAGAAGAUAAAAGAUUUUUUUUCUAAACACCCGGGGCUGCCGGCGGUUGCGUCGCUCCGUGUGUCCAGUAGUAGUAGUAGCCCGUUAGUCGGUGGUGUUACCUGCAUCACUACCAUCGCGACCGCCGUCGGCAGUGGUGGCAGCAGUGCUACCGGUCCCGGCACCAACAGUAUCGCGCACGGUACGGGCGUUACCGUGCCGGUCGGUGCGCUAGGAGCAAUAUCUAAUUCCCCGCACGUGGAUCCGGGCGGUGUCGUUGGGACGGUCGGGUCCACUACCGGUCCCGCGCGGAAAAGCCCGAACCCGCAGCAGCAGCAGCAGCAACCCCAAUCGCCACAUACGGGCGGCCAAUAUCCCAUGUACCCCCCUAGUCCGCAAACGCCACUGCUAUCGGUGGGCGCCAGCAUCGGGAGCAAUGGUAACAACAGCCACAAUAGUGCAGGACCCCUGCAGCAGCAGCAGCAGCCGGAUAUGUUCAGCAGUAGUCGAACGCAGCGGCAACAGGCGGCUGCGGCCGGUUCGUCCCCUUCACCGACACCGUCAUCGGUAUCCGCGGGUGGCAGCGGCGGCGGCAGCGGCGGCGGCAGCAACAACUCUUCCGUACAAGUUCCUCCAUCCGUCUCGGCUGCGAUGGCAGCGGCAGCGGCGGUCGAGGCGGCCAAGGCAGCCGCCGCAACGUCCACCCCCUCGGCAACGACGGUGCUGUCGCCGAUCAUUACGCCACUGGUUAGCGCAACGGCCACGAGUGGUGUGACCGGCUCGGGUGUAUCCAUACAGCAACAGCAGCUGCAACAGUACCAGCCGAUCGUGCUGGUGGCGAACAACAGCAGCACCUCAUCGAUAAUGCUCCAGAAACAACCGGCACCGGUCGGUGCGGCUACCGGCCAGCAGAAGCAAACAGCACACCAAGCUCAAGGCACGCAGCAGCAGCAGCAGCAGCAGCAAUCGUCGUCCGUGGUAUCGACGCAGCAGCAACAGCAGCGCGAGUCGCAGACGCAGGCAACGAUAGCAUCCCAGCAAACGGUAUCGCAACAGCAGACCGGUCAGAACUCAACCCUCCCCGGGAGCGCGUCGACGAACCAUCAGUUGCAGUGUAACACCGCCAAUGCAACAGUGGCCGGCGGUGGCAGUAUUAGCUGUAGUAUCGGCACGACCGACCAUCACCAUCAGCGGGUCACGCUGGUGUCGUGUAAUACGAGCAGCAAUAGCAGUAGUAACGGUGGUGUCGGCAGCGGUGCUACCGGUGGUGUGGGUGGCACGACGACGGGGUCAACCACCCCUAGCGGGGAACAGGCGAGCGGCGUCGGCAGUACAAACAGCCCGCUGAUAACGACAUCCGUGGCCACCUCCACCACGAGCAACAGUGCCGGUGGCCAGAACAAUAAUUCCAUACUCCAGCUGCCGGGCGGUGCGGUCGUCACCACCACCAAGUCAAUUGGGCAGAAGCUGCAACAUCAGCAGACCACCUCCUCCACAAACACGGCACCCGGCGGUGGUGGACCGCAGCAACAGCAAAGCGACAGCAGCAGCACCAGCAACAACAACGGCAGCAACUUCGGUAGCAGCAAGUUCGGCCAGCAGCAACCGGCAACACCGACGACACCAGCGACGACGACCACGCUCAUGCUGACCAAGUUCGUGCAGACCGAUCUGACGCAGGCGGACAUUACCGAGCGGGACCACGACUUCGAAAGCAGCCGGACGCGGGUGGACGAACUGUCCCGGCUGUCCGACGAGCAGAAGUGCCAGCUGAACGUGCAUCAGAAGGCGAUCGAGCAGCACAAGAGCCAAAUCAGCAAAUGCGUCGAGGUGGUGAAAAAGCUGCUCAAGCAGAAGAGCAACAUCGAGAAGAAGGAGGCACGCCAGAAGUGUAUGCAGAACCGUCUACGGCUCGGCCAGUUUGUAACGCAGCGUGUGGGCGCCACCUUCCAGGAGAACUGGACCGACGGUUACGCCUUUCAGGAGCUGGCGAAACGUCAGGAAGAGAUCACUGCCGAGCGGGAGGAAAUCGAUCGACAGAAAAAGCUGCUAAUGAAGAAGCGGCCCACCAACAGUGAGGGUGGCCGGAAGCGUAACAAUUCGUCGGCGACGGGCGGUGGCUCGGGCUCAACCGGCGGUACCGGCGAUCGGGGUGGCGGUGGUCCGGGCAGUACCGGCGUCGGCACGGGUGCCGUUGUGGCGAUGGGCAGCAGCGGUGUGGUCGGUGGAAGUGCCGGCAAUGUGGGCGGCGGGGGCGGUGCAUCGGCGAUGCAUAAUGGCAAUGACAGUACCUUCCUGAAGCCGGACCCGGUCGUCAGCAGCAACAGCACGUUCACGCUGCAGGAGUACUACGAGUGUGACGAGAUACUGAAGUUGCGCCAGAGUGCGCUCAAGAAGGAGGACGCCGACCUGCAGCUGGAGAUGGAGAAGCUGGAACGCGAACGCAAUCUGCACAUCCGCGAACUGAAGCGAAUACACAACGAGGAUCAGUCACGCUUCAACAAUCAUCCGGUCCUGAACGAUCGAUACCUGUUGCUGAUGCUGCUCGGCAAGGGCGGUUUCUCGGAGGUGCACAAAGCGUUCGACCUGAAGGAGCAGCGCUACGUGGCGUGCAAGGUGCAUCAGCUAAACAAAGACUGGAAGGAGGAUAAGAAGGCGAACUAUAUCAAACAUGCGCUGCGGGAGUACAACAUCCACAAAGCGCUCGACCAUCCGAGGGUGGUGAAGCUGUACGACGUGUUUGAAAUCGAUGCCAACUCAUUCUGCACCGUGCUGGAGUACUGCGACGGGCACGAUCUGGACUUUUACCUGAAGCAGCACAAAACCAUCCCAGAGAAGGAGGCACGAUCGAUCAUAAUGCAGGUCGUAUCGGCUCUAAAGUAUCUGAAUGAGAUCAAACCGCCGAUCAUACACUACGAUCUGAAGCCGGGCAACAUUCUGCUUACCGAGGGCAAUGUGUGCGGUGAGAUCAAAAUUACCGACUUCGGUCUGUCAAAGGUGAUGGACGAAGAGAACUAUAACCCCGACCAUGGUAUGGACCUUACGUCACAAGGUGCUGGAACUUAUUGGUAUCUGCCACCGGAGUGCUUCGUUGUCGGUAAGAAUCCCCCGAAAAUCUCGUCCAAGGUGGAUGUCUGGAGCGUCGGCGUCAUCUUUUACCAGUGUCUGUAUGGCAAGAAGCCGUUCGGUCAUAACCAGUCCCAGGCGACAAUACUGGAGGAAAAUACAAUUCUCAAGGCGACCGAGGUGCAGUUCGCCAACAAACCAACCGUAUCCAAUGAGGCGAAGAGCUUCAUACGGGGGUGUCUCGCGUACCGUAAGGAGGACCGGAUGGAUGUGUUCGCACUGGCCAAGCACGAGUACCUGCAGCCACCAGUGUCGAAGCACAACCGGUCGUCUAACGCGCAGAACCAGCAUGCGGGCGGACAGAACAGCAGCACCAGCGGCACUGGUGCCGGUGGUGGCGGUGGCGGCGGUGGUGGCGGUGGCGGCGGUUCCGGUGGGUCUGGCGGGGCCGGUGGUAAUCAGGUCGGUCAGCAGACAUCAUUUUCCACCGGCAUGUUCGGCAACAUGAACCAGUCUAGUUCGUCUUAG